GGCCAACUACCAUUCUCCAAACCUAUCCCUCCCUAUAAAUUCGAAACCCUAAUUCCCUCAAAUUCCCAAAUCAAAAUUUCUUCCACAUUCAGCCAUUUCUCUGUUUUUUUUUUUCUGCUCAAGCAGUUCAUCAGCAAUGGGGUUUCGUCUUCCGUCGUCAUUGAUUCCUCAGGCAAAGCAAUUGCUAAGGAGGAGUUCGGGAAAUCCAUCGGCGGUCCCGAAAGGUCAUGUGGCGGUGUACGUCGGAGAGUUACAGAGGAAGCGAUUUGUGAUUCCGAUAUCGUAUUUGAAUCAUCUUUCGUUUCAACAGUUGUUGAAUCGAGCAGAGGAAGAGUUUGGAUUUGAUCAUCCAGAAGGAGGUUUGACGAUUCCUUGUGGAGAAGAUGCGUUCAUCGAUCUCACUUCUAGAUUGCAAGCUUGUUAAAUCCAUGAAGAAGAAGAAUUAGGAUGAUUCUCGAUUUUUGCCUUUGGCCUCUUCUUCUUCUUCUUUUUUUUUUUGUUUUUGAAUGGAGAUCCUUCAUUGUUGUUGAUGAUGAUUUUUGCAUUCUGACUGAUGUUAGAAUGUUGAUGGAACCCAAUUACAUUGCCUUUGGGUGUUGUAAUGAGCGGUGUUGGAAUGGUGAAUUUUUUUCACCAGAAAUUGUAAUGCAAAUACAACUUUUCUGUAUCAUUGGAUCUUGUUUAUGUUCUUCUCUCAUGAAUUAGAAUUAUACUUCAAAAAUUUACUGUUGGAUCCAAAAUCAGUAUUGAGUUUGAAAAUCUUUGGCCUAGUUGGCAAUUCCAGUUUUGUUUUCCGGUCGUAUGAACCAAAAUUUAAAAUAUAGAUGUCGGAAAUAUCCCUAAAAUAUGGAGGUGAAUCUAUAUUUCUAGAAAAAUUAUAGAAAAACAAAAAAUAAAUUUAAAUUCAUAAAUAAACAAUCGGUAAAUUUGGAUAGAAAAAUACAUUUGAUAGACUUGUAUUGGUUAUGCCAUAAAUUUCUAUUUGACCUAAGACCCAAGUGGUUGCUGGACCGAGAUUGGACGGAAGAAGAAGAGUAGAAAAUAGUUUCUUUUAUUUUUCUAUUUUUGAAAAUCUCCUGAACAUUUUAUUAUUUUUAAAUAAGUAAAUGAUGCUUGUUUUUUGUGUUUCGUGUAUUUUUGGAUGAUUUAAUGAAAAUAUUGAUUAACUUUUCAUAUCAACGUCGAACCCAGAAACGUGGAAAUAUUUCGAUGAAAAUUUAAUACUAUAGUUAAAAAACAAUAUUUUUUUGUCAAGGGAGU